AUGCCUCCCAAGGCUGCCAAGGGCGAGUACAUUGAGACGUUCGCCAGCAAGUACAGUACAUACAUGUACUUGAGAAUUGACACGGGAAACAAAAUCUCACGAAAGUCGCUCAUCCACGGCACGCAGCACAUCAUCCUCGGCGGGAAAACCGUGAUUCAGGCCGAGGCCGUCAUCCGCGGGGACCUGUUCCGGCUUCCGCAAUCCUCGUCCUCCUCCUCCUCUUCCGGAGGAGGUUCGCAGGAAGGGGACAACAACGCGAAUGCGCAUGCGAAUGCUGCCGCUUCGUCCUCCGUCGCCAUAACCGUCGGGCGCUACAGCUACAUCUCGAAACAGGCGGUGUUGCGCCCUCCGUCGCGCUUCCACCGCGGCGUGUACUCGUUCUACCCGCUCAAGAUCGGCGAUCAUGUCUUUGUCGGCGAGAGGGCGGUUGUCGAGGCCGCGACCGUGGGCAAUCAUGUCCAUAUCGGCAGGGAUGCGGUCAUCGGGAACAUGGCCAUUCUGAAGGAUUACUCCUACGUGCUGGACGGGGCUGUUGUGCCGCCGCAGAUGGUCGUCCCGAGUUUUUGCGUUGUUGGGGGUGCGCCGGCAAGGAUCGUGGGUGAGGUCGGAGAGGGAUAUGGCGUGGAAGGGGCGGAAGGUGGGUUAGCAAGAGAGAGAUAUAGAAUGGUGGGGAGGUAA